AUGAGUUCAAAAUAUGAUUUUCUGAAGGAUGUUAAUCCUGCCAAGGAGGACUGGAGGAUUAAGGUGAAGGUGGUUCGGACUUGGAAAGUUCCUAACUUUCAGCGUAAAAAUUUGGAGGACAAUCUUGAAAUGGUUUUAUUGGAUGAACAAGUUGUGUUCUACGUCAUUGGUUUAAUCUCAGGAAUUGGGAAAGUUUGUGAUCGUGUGGUUUCUGGUAGGAAGACAAAAAUGGUGGUGUUGGAGCUUGACGACCUGAGGGGUCAUAAGUUGGAGUGCACUUUGUGGGAGCAUUAUGUGGAUGAGGUCCAAUCUUUUUUGGCAGACAACGACGAUCCUCAUAACGUCCUGAUAGUCCAACUGGGAAGGAUUAAGUGUUUUAGAGGUAAGGUCGGGAUAACAAAUACAAAAUAUACAACAAGGAUUGUAAUGGAUUCAAAACUGAAUGAGAUUGUUGAGUUCAAAAAACGUCUCUCGAUUGAUGGUGUGGAAAGUAGUACAAGGAUGACUCAAUUGUCUACUCAGUCAUCCUAUUCUUUCGAAAAUGAUUUUCUUAAGGAGACUGAAAAAAAGUCUAUCAGUGAUGUGAAACUUUGUGUUGAGGUAACUACCUGUAUCACAUACGGGACUAUAAAGGCAAUUGAGAGCAAAUACAACUGGUGGUACAAGUCAUGCAAAAAGUGUCCAUUUUCCGUUUAUGAGGAUUUUGAGAAGUGGUAUUAUGAGGUUCAAAUCAACGUACGGUAUGUGUCCACAUGUGAAGCUGCUUGGAGAAUAUUCGGAUUUGAGAUUCAUUACAGAUUCCCCCCUGUUCAGCGAUUGCCAUUUCACCUAGCCAAUGAAAAAAGCGUUGUUUUUAGUGAUCAUGCUUCAAUAACCGAUGUCAAGACUAGGGCGGAGUCUAGACAAUCAAUAUUUGAGAACGGUCAAGGGGUGCUUUUUCCUACAUAUAAGGAUGCCUGCUAUUCUUUGGGGCUUUUGGAUGAUGACAAUGAGUACAUUGAUGCAAUUAAGGAGGCAAGUUCUUGGGGGUCAGCAACUUAUCUGAGAAAUCUGUUUGCCUUAUUGUUAUUUGGUAACUCAAUGAACAUGCCUGAAAAUGUUUUCCAAAAAUGCUGGGAAUUACUAUCUGACGAUGUUCUUUAUCGGCAUAGGCAAAGAAUUGGACGUGAAGAAAUCGAUAAGGUGUUGCAAAGCAACGGUAAAUGCCUCUCUGAUUACCCAUCCAUGCCGAGCAUCAUGGGUGAAUCUUUAUUGGAUAUGCAGAAUAGACUGGUGAUGGAUGAAUUGUUGUAUGACAGUUUCUCUUUGAAAGAAGAGCAUGACAGACUACUGAAUUCACUCACUGAUGAGCAGAGGGUUGUUUAUGACAAAAUAAUUUCAGCUGUUUCGGCAGGUAAAGGAGGAUUUUUUUUCCUGUAUGGCUUUGGUGGGACUGAAAAAACAUUUAUUUGGAACACCCUGUCAGCAUUUAUUCGAUCUCGAGCUGAAAUAGUGCUUAAUGUUGCUUCUAGCAGAAUUGCUUCACUUCUUCUUCAUGGAGGACGUACGGCACAUUCUAGAUUUCGUAUUCCUAUACAGAUCACCGAAGAUUCAACAUGUAAUAUAAAACAAAAUUCUACUUUGGCAAAGUUGUUGUCAAAAACAAAGUUAAUCAUUUGGGAUGAAGCACCGAUGGUACACAAAUUUUGCUUUGAGGCUCUUGAUAGAACACUUAGAGAUGUUCUUAGCUAUGUUGAUAUGCCCUUUGGUGGAAAAGUUGCCGUUCUAGGAGGUGACUUUCGGCAAAUAUUACCUGUCAUUCCAAAUGGUAGUAGACAAGAUAUAGUUCAUGCAACCAUCAAUUCUUGCUAUCUAUGGUCCCAUUGCCAUCUGUUAUCUUUGACCAAGAACAUGCGUCUCAAAUCUGGAAAUAGCACUAAUAAUUUGUUGGAAAUAAAAGAAUUUUCUGAGUGGCUGCUUAAAAUAGGAGAUGGUGUUCUUGGGGAUGAUGUUGAUGGAGAAUCUAUUAUAACAAUCCCAGAUGAAUUGUUGAUCAAAGGUUCAGAAGACCCACUUUCAGAUAUUGUUGAUUUUGUUUACCCGAAUCUGAUGGAUAAUAUAUUAGAUCCUACUUUCUUUAAAGAACGUGCUCUUCUGACUCCUAAAUUGUCCGAUGUUGCCAUGUUAAACGAGCACCUAAUGGCUGUGAUUCCGGGUGAAGAAAGGACAUUAUUGAGUUCAGAUAAGGUUUUGAAACAAGACGGUAAUUCAUCUCUUGAGGAUGACGAAAUCUCCCCUGAUAUCUUAAAUACAUUCUCAUGUUCGGGGAUUCCUGAUCAUAAAUUAACUUUGAAGGUUAAAGUAUCGGUGAUGCUAUUGAGAAAUAUUGAUAAAUCAAGAGGUUUAUGCAACGGUACGAAAUUACUUAUUACAAAGUUGGGGAAUCAUGUUGUUGAGGCAAUUGUUCUUACAGGAAACAAUAUAGGAGAUACUGUGUUAAUCCCUAGAAUGACGAUCAGCCCAUCGGGUCAUACAUUUCCAGUAAACUUUCAAAGAAGACAAUUCCCCUUGGUAGUUUCGUUUGCAAUGACUAUCAACAAAAGUCAAGGACAGUCGCUGUCUCAUGUUGGCAUUUAUCUUCCUAGGUCUGUCUUCACUCAUGGGCAAUUAUAUGUGGCACUAUCUAGAGUAAAGAGCAGACAAGGAUUGAAGAUGCUGAUACUUGAUGAAAAUGGUUGCGUUACAAAUACUACCUUUAACAUCGUCUACAAUGAAAUUCAGUAUUCGAGGCACAAUUAG